AUGGCUGCAUCAUAUAAUUUUCAACAAUUUCAUUCAAAUUCAGAAAAUCAAGAAAUAAUCGAUCUACAAAACAACUUGGCAAGUUUCGAAAAACGCCUUGAUGAAUUACAAAAAUGUACAUCAGGAUCUGAUGUCGUCGUAAAAAUGUUAACCUUACAAGAAGACGUAAUUUCUCUACAACACCAAAUCGACAAUGCGGCGAAAUCAGGAAAACAAGAAGUAAAAGAUUUACAGAAAAACUUUCAGCACUUGAAAAGCUCGUUCACCGAAACUACAAAUAUUUUAUCAAAAAGAGUAGAUGUUAUUGAUGAUAGUCUUCAAGCCAAUACAAAUCGUGACAACAUACAUUUAUGCAUCACACAUCUGGAUAAACAUCGAUGCCAAGCAGCUGCUGUUAUAGCUGAUGAAAUGGCUAUUGACUCAGUUGCACAAUUAAUAAAGGAUUACUAUAGUUCAGACGAUAAAGGCAAAGAUGGCAGGAAAAAAGACUUACUCCAAUUCAUCAAUUAUAUGAAAGAUAGCCAAAGACGUAAUUUAUACAAACUCUUGUUGGACAGCAUGAUUUCAGCUUCUAUUCAGCACCUACCGGUUGAGAAGCAACUAUUCGUGGGAGGAACACUAUUGUCUAAGAAGCAGUACCAGCUACAACUGAAUGAGUUUUAUGGAACUCCCAACCAAGAGUGGAAAUUGGUUUAUAAAGCAGUAGAACAUGGUUUCAGAGCCGCAGAUUUUCAUGAUCAAUGCGAUGGGCAAGCACCAACAAUGAUAAUUAUCCAAUCCAAUGAAGGCAACUAUCUGUUUGGUGCAUUCACACAACUUCUCUGGAGUCACACUCGUGGUUUUAGGCAAGAUGUAAACGCGUUUUUAUUUACAUUAACAAAUCCCCAUAAUCUUCCACCCACAAAAUUCAAUAUAAAUAAAUCAAAGAGCGACAAUGCCGUGUACCAUUCUGGGGCUGGCUAUCUUGGGGAAUAUUAUUAUUUUUAUCUUUUUGGUUUUGGUGGUGAUGGUCUCCAUAUGUUUAAUUUCAUGGAGGGCAAUGAUGGUACAAGUGGUACUCGUCGUGGUGAUCUCUUUGUUGCUAGCCACUGCAAUAAGAACAGCUACAGCAGUAUCAGAUUUCCAUGCGCGUAUAUUGACCAAUGUGGUUAUGGCGAUAAGACAUUCACUGGAACUAAAUAUUUUACCGUUAAGGACAUAGAAGCUUACGCUUUAAAAUAA